UAGGAAUCAUGUCUCUGACAGUCUGCCGAGCUGCGAGAGUUGCUUACAGAGCUUCUAAUCCAGCCACACGUUCACUGAGUACUGGGGCUUGCUUAAGAACAGAAAGCAGCCCUUCUGAAGGAUCAAGGGGCUUCAUUGAAUCCACAGAGGAGUUCAGGUUUGUGGAGAGACUUAUUCCUCCUUCACGCAUCCCAACUCCACCUAAACAUGAUGGUGCUGCACCGUCAGGAUGGACCCCAGCAUCAGCCAUGCCACCUCCUCUGCCUUACAUGAUCCGUCGCUCCCAGAUGCACAAUGUGCCUGUGUACUCGGACAUCAAGCAUGGGAAUCAGCACAGCACCCUGCUCAGAAAGGUUGAGGGAGAAAUAUGGGCCCUGAAUAAGGAUGUUAAGGAAUUCCUACUGGGGCUUACGGGCAAAGAGCCUCCAACACAGGUUAAUGAAGUAACUGGGACCAUCAGAAUUAAAGGGCAGUUUGAUAAAGAGCUGAAGGACUGGCUGCUGAAGAAGGGCUUUUAAAUUCUGAUGUGGGCACAGCAAACGAACUGAACUGCAUUACAAAGGCUGAGAGGAAAUGUAUAAGAGUGUUCUCUCCUCCUUAAAGUGGACAAACUGUAAAUUAUCAUUAGUGUACCAUUUUCAGUACCUGUGUUUUGUUAUUGUAUUAAAGAGUUUGUGAUUAUAUGUUUCUAUGUUGUCCCUGUUGUUUAGGAUUGAAACAAAUAAAUGUAAGGUGUCGACUAAA